AUGGCACCAGAUGAGGUUUCCUUUGCAAGUGAAGAAGCAUUCUACGAUAUUUAUACCUGGAGAGCUGGACAUAAGCGAGCCAUGCGCGAUCCAGCCUUUUUUCAACCUCCAGAGGGCCAGGCAGACAAUCUAAUCACUACAAACAACGUCAAGUUUCAUGCCCGUAUACGUGGAUUAAUGAGCCAUUCUUUUACCGAAGAAUCCUUGUAUGAGCAGGCCCCUCUUAUAGAGGGCCACGCCGACGUGCUCAUCAGUCAGUUACAGCAGCGGGCAACAAGUUCUGAAAACCUAGAAAGCGGAGCGUUGGUUAAUGUGACGGAUUGGGUCAACUUUUUCACCAUGGAUGUGAUUGGAGACCUGGCUUUGGGCGAGGAUUUUGGUUGUCUGGUCAAAGGUGAAUACCAUGACUGGAUCCGAACGCUAUUUCAAUAUUUGAAGGCUAUGACAAUCGCCGCCGCGCCUCGAUACUGGCCAGUCAUGCAAUUUCUUUUUGAGAAAGCGAUUCCUAAGAGUAUAAAAGACGACGCAAAGCGUCAUCAACAAUAUGCCUAUGAUCGGAUCAAUCGCCGUCUCGAUAGCAAAACGGACCGCCAGGAUUUCAUCACGCCCUUCAUGAAACACAACCCAAACUUCGAGAACAUGUCCCGUGAAGAGAUUCUUUCGUCGUUCAGUUUUGUGAUCAUCGGCGGUACUGAGACGAUCGCCACCUCCCUGACAGGCCUAUUCAACCAUCUCGCUAUGCCACAGAACAAAGCGAUCCUGGACCGCCUUACAAAGGAGAUUCGGAGUACCUACAAAACAGAAGACGAUAUCACUGUAGAGAGCAUUACACGUGCCAAACUACCUUACCUUGAAGCUGUCAUCCAAGAAGGACUCAGGAUUUGCCACCCGGUGCCUUCUGGCUUGCCUCGAAUCGUACCUCCUGGUGGUGAUGAGUAUACAGGAAUCUGGCUACCGGGAGGAACUAGGCUUGGCGUGCGUAUCUUUGCCGUCAAUCGAUCUGCCAAAUAUUUCCAGGAUCCUGAUACCUUCGUUCCUGAUCGUUGGCUGCCCGAAGGAGAGCGACCAUCGGAAUACGACAAUGACAAUCUCUCUGCGUCCAAGCCGUUCGGCGUUGGAUUUCACAGCUGCCUUGGGAAGCUAUUAGCUUUGGUGGAAAUACGCCUUGUCUUGACUCGUAUUCUUUGGGCGUUUGAUAUAGCAGAAGAAGAGGGUAUGCACGUACAUUUCGAUGACUUUCCCGUGAUGAUGAUGGUCGAAAAACAACCCCUUAUGCUCCGCUUAAGUGCACGAAAGGGAGUGAACUACAAGGCAGCAGGUGUAAACACAGCCCAGUAA